UGACAGCAGCCAGAGAGUCCACCCCACCCCAACCAGGCACCUCCCCUCAGGCAAAGCCAGAGAGGAUGUAGUAGGAGACAUCCCCAAAUGAGCCUAAGCAAAGCAAAUCCCAGCACUCUGGAGGCAGAGGCAGGCGGAUCUCUGUGAGUUCGAGGACAGCCUGGUCUACAGAGCAAGUUCCAGGACAGCCAGGGCUAAACAGAGAAAUCUUGUCUCAAAAGUCAAAUAAAUAAAUAAACAAAUAAACAGGCUUUAAGUUUAAAAGUUAACUUACUAAUUUUCUUGAAGAAUUCCCUUUUUUUAAUGGAACCGUAAGGCGAUGUGUGGGAGUAUGUGUGUGAUAUCUGUGGGGAUCAUCAUGCGUGUGCAGAGGUCAGAGGACAACCUGGGAAUCAGUUCUCGCCUUCCACUGCUUCUGUACCUGCUGGGUGUGUCUAUCUUGCUCAAAAUCAUAAUACGUUGAAGCUGGGCAUGGUGGCUCGUGUCUUUAAUCCCAGCACUCAGAGGCAGAGGCAGGUGAGUUUCAGGACAGCCAGAAAUACACAGAGAAACCCUGUCUCAAAAAAAGAAAGACAAAAGAAGAAAGGAGUCAUAAGGUGAUUUUGAGGUUCAGUAGAGAGUCUAGAAUGAGUGAAGAGCGUUAAUACGUUGGAACUCGGGGUCACAACACAUGGCUCAAAGUGAACACCGUUUUGUAUUCUUAACACUCUUUUUUGAAAUGUCUUCAGGAAAGCAUGUGUGCAGGUGAUCUUUGCUUUAUCAGUGGCAUUGAAGUCUCCCGAGGCUCAGUCAGCAAGAGAGGCAGCCUGGAUCCCAGGGGUCGGGGCUGCUUUAUCUUCUUAUCUCCUAUUAAUUUCCCGCCUCUCUUUCCUGCCUCAACAUAACUUCAAUGAUGCAAUAAAGACACAGAAGCCAGAAUGGGGAAGGAGUGGGGUCAGGGGAUAAGCCGAGCCUCUCAGAAGAGGUGAGCUCGGAAAAGCCUCCCCAAGAGCAUGAAUGACGGGAAGGACACCAGCAAGAGGGACUUGGUGUGGUGGAGAACCACUGGAGAGCUUUUAGGCAAAGGAUGCCACAGUCUCAUUGUAUGUUAGUUAGUUCCCUGAGGUUCCCUAUAGAAGGGGGCGGUGGCAGGAGGCUGCUGCCGUACUGCAGGCAGAGAUGGACGGCAAUGAUGUUGGGUCUAGAGAUGCCGGGAGUGGGUCCUGUUCAGCUCGGAGUCUAGAGGCAGAGCCUUCAGAACUGCCUGUGUAGAUUAUACGCUUUAGUGGUAACUUCGAGUCACCAACGAUGCCUCGAUGUCACAUUAAGGAAAGGAAUAAAAGCACUUCCCCUUCGAGUCUUUUAGCCAAGAGUGAGUCCAGAUUUGAAUUCCUCCACUCCAUGUUCCUCUGCGGGAACCUGUGCCUGCUGAUGGAGGCUGUCUUGGGGUUUGUCUGUGGGUGAGUGUGGCUGUGUGUAAUGGCACCUUUUGUGUGUCUGUCAGGUGACUGUGUCUGUCCCCCACAAAGUGUCCCUCUGUCUUUAUUGAGCAGCACUGGAAGCCAUCACACAGGGGAGGGAUGGGGUACUUGACAGGGAUCUUACCCCAAACUCUGCAAGGAUCACGUCACUGCCUUCAACUGAUCCCGACUGACCCAGACAACUAUAGUAAUACAAACAAUGGUUUAUGAACCGACUUCCAUAAAUGGAUAUCCACUUUAGAAGGUUGCUUCAACCUCUGUAUUUGCUGCUUUCAGCAAAUGACACACACGCACUGUUCUGGGACAGGGGCAGUGAAGGGUACAUGAUUUAAGAUUACAGCUAUGUGUUAGCUUAGGCAGUAAAAGUUGGGUACACAGGAAGUCCAAAGCAAAUAAGGUCGGUUACCACAUUUUUUUUUUUCUUUCUCAAGACAGGGUUUCUCUGUGUAGCCCUGGCCAUCCUGGAACUCUCUUUGUAGCCCAGGCUGGCCUCAACUCAGAGAGAUCCGCCUGCCUUUGCCUCCUGAGUGCUGAGAUUAAAGGCGUGCGCCACCAACACCAACACCACCACCUGGCUCUCAACAUUGUUCUCUUAGAGGUAGAUUAAACAGGCUGAGUACACAGUGGAUCGCCUUAUUCUUGUUUUUUUUUUUUGCGAUAGGGUCUUACUAUGUAGCCUGAGCUGGCCUUGAACUCCUCAUCCUUCUUGCCUCUACCCCUCAAGGGCUGGGAUUACAGGUGUGUGCCGUGCUGGCUAAUCCUGGGAGAACUCCCCUUUCCACCGGCCUGGCCAGGACUGGCCAGCGGAGUGUAGGGUUGGCGUCUGUGAGUUCUCUGUGAAACUGGACUUUUACUUUUGGACGCUUACUCCACGGCCCUCACCCGCUCUCAAUUUCUCUGCGUGUGCAGGGCUCUUCUCGUAUCUACACGUGGGCCUCCUGAUGAGACUGGGCUGUAGUUGGUGACUGCCCGUCAGACCGCAAGGACAUGUCUAGUGGGAUUGGGGUUUCCUGUUGCCUCAUAUACAGAGAUACUAGAUUCUAAAAAUAAGUGCCCCCCCAACCUAACUUUUUCUGACCUGGGCUAGGGUACUCUGAGCACCCUAGGGCCUGGUUUGGGCCUCCGCUCCCCAUCACAGCUAUGGGAACCUCAAGUGCUUGCUCUGUCCCGCCCCUCCAGGUCACUCGCAGAGCCAAGGUGGCUCCUGCCAAGAGGAUGAGCAGGUUCCUGAAGCACUUCACCGUGGCCGGGGACGACUACCACACGUGGAACAUCAACUACAAGAAGUGGGAGAACGAGGAGGAGGAGGAGGAGCCGGCCCCCACCCCAGCGGAGGGAGAAGGCAGUACCGUGGGCCCAGAUGCCGAGGCUGGCCCUGUCCCCGCACCCAGGCCGACCCUGGACUUCAGGAACAGGCUGAGGAAGCUCUUCACUUCCCACAGGUUUCAGGUCAUCAUCAUCUGCCUGGUGAUCCUGGAUGCCCUCCUGGUACUUGCUGAGCUCCUCCUGGAUCUGAAGAUCAUUGAGCCAGACAAGAAAGACUAUGCGGUCAAGGCCUUCCACUACUUGAGUUUUGCCGUCCUGGUCUUCUUCAUGUUGGAGAUUUUCCUGAAGAUCUUUGUCUUCCGCCUGGAGUUCUUCCACCACAAGUUUGAGAUCCUGGAUGCCAUCGUGGUGGUGGUGUCCUUCAUCCUCGACCUCAUCCUCUUCUUUAAAAAGCACCAGUUUGAAGCUCUUGGCCUGCUGAUCCUGCUGCGGCUCUGGCGGGUGGCCCGGAUCAUCAACGGCAUCAUCAUCUCGGUGAAGACGCGCUCGGAACGGCAGAUCUUAAGGUUAAAGCAGAUAAACAUUCAACUGGCCACCAAGAUCCAGCACCUGGAAUUCAGCUGCUCUGAGAAGGUGAGGCGGCUCGGGGGACCGGUUCCACUGCCGUCCCCUCCAGCCCACGACUGCCCGUCCCCUGUAGCCCACAACCCUGCCUGCUGCCCCUUCUUCCCAGUCUUUUUGGCUUACGCAGCGGCUCCUGGAGCCAGGCCCAGUCCCUCCUCAGGGCAUCUUGUUCCUGUUGUCACUGCCCAGGGCCCCUCCUGGGAACGGCUCCCCUCAGCAGCCAGAAUGCCACAGACUGGCUCUUAGCUCUCUG